GGUUAAAUAGGAAACUGAGGGUAUCAAAGGGUAUCCUGUUUUUUUUCCUCCCAAGCAUUGAAGUCUCUGCUGAAGUUCAUAAGCAACGAUUGGCUCACGAUGACCAAGGAGACCGAAUGGGUGACGAUGAUAAACAUCGCCAGGUUCAACAGGAAGAUUGUAAAGAUGAGCACGAUACUCUGCUGCAGCGUAGUGCUCACUUACACAUUCCUACGGUUCUUCUCAAUGAAAUAUCAGGGAAAGAGUCUGCUGUUGCGCGCUUAUUUCCCUUACGACGUCGACGUCAGCCCAAAUUACGAGCUGACUAUGCUGGCUCAGCUCGUCGCUGCGUUUUACGCGGCUAUUUGUUACACGGCCGUCGACACGUUCGUCGCUACGCUAAUUCUACACAUUUGUGGACAGUUGUCGAACUUGCAACGUGAAUUAAAAGAGCUGCGAGGUCCCGACGAGAAGGAUUUCAAUGGAAGGAUUAUGAAAAUCGUUGAGAAACACGAAUAUCUGAACAGGUUGUGUGGNCAUUUUUACUGCUUUUGGGUACUAAAUUUGAAUUUGUCCAACUUGUUGUUGCUCCUGGUAUUAAAAGCAAUUGUGUUUGGUGCUGGAUAUUUGGGACAGAGCGACCAUAAGGGACGCGAAUUAGAAAAGGAAAGUGUGAUAUCUGAAGGUGAAGUUACUCUGGCAGUGGGUUAUUUGAUGGGAAACACGUGUCUGUACAGGGCAGCUUGUGAGGAGCCGCACGUUGCGAAAGAAUAUUUGGGAGCUGCAGAAAUGAUCGUCGAAACAAUGAAACUCAUGCCUCA